UUUUCCAAAUCCCAGUCGUCAGAGCUCGCUCCCUUCUUCCCCCAAAUCCCUCGCGCAGCCACACUCCCCUCCCUACUGACACAUUUGAGCUUGAGCUAGGGUUUCUCACCACCGGCGGCGGGAUGGGCAUCCUCGAGCACAGCCAAAAUUCCUCUCCGCGACGGCAUGGGCAUCAGGAAAUGACCUCACUGCCUAUCCCCGACGACCUCCUGCCUGAAAUCUUCCUCCGCCUGCCCACCCCGUGCGACCUCAUCCGAGCCUCCGCCGUCUGCGCCUCCUUCCGCCGCGUCGUCGUCGACCGCCCCUUCCUCCGGAGGUACCACAAGCUCCAUUCCCCGCCCCUCAUCGGCUUCCUCGAUUUUCGCCGAGUCUUCCACCCGGCCGAACCGCCUCACCCCUCCGCGUCUGCAGCCAAAGCCGUCGCCCUCGCCGCUGACUUCACCUUGUCCUUCCUCCCUACCCCAGCCGGUGACUGGACCAUUUCGGACAUCUGCGGCGGUCUUGUCCUCCUCAAGAGGCGCGACUGUGCGGAGCUGGUGGUGUGCGACCCCUUGCACCGGCGGCACCUCCUGCUUCCCCCAAUCCCUGAAUUCGACGAGUGGGUUCAUUCAGUGGACAAGCCACGCACGUUUGGGUGUCAGAUCCUCCUGGUGGGCGGUGACGAGGAGGCUUCAGAGGAGGCAUUUUUCAGAGUGAUAUAUGUGGAAUUCACCCUACAUGAGGAAGCCGUCUUCGUCUUCUCUUCCAGCACCGGAGAAUGGCGAGCUACUCCUUCGGCACCACGAUCGCCUUACUCAUGCUGGCUCCAGUAUGCAUAUGGCUGCUUGUAUGGGGUGACAGUUCUCACUCAUAGACCUCCCACCCGCAGCCAGAGCCAGCUCUUCUCAUGUGCGUAUAGCCAUUGUGGAGGCAGGGGAGGGCAUCAUUGGGAUGUUUGUGCUACCAAAUGAGACAUCUCACCUCAGUUAUUUCGUUAGGCGAAAAAAGGUGCAAGUUCCAGCCAGUGGAAGUUGAAGACAAUCUCACUGGAUUCUUCCCAGUACUCUUUCAAGGUGAGAUCGACGGGGAGGAACUUGUUCCUACAACAUUGCAGAAAUCCAUCACCUGAUGCCGGCCUUUUCUCAAUGGACAUCAACACAUUCCAGCUUGAGAGGGUGUUUGGUUCCAACUAUAGCAUGCUUUACCCUUGGGCAUAUAACAACUUUCCACUAUCAUUGUCGACUCCAGCAGUAUCAAGUGUGGCAAAACUCUAAGGUGAUCAGAGAAGUAAAAAAAAAGUUUGUGCUCAGUACAAGUAGCAUUUUGGAGGCAUCUUGAAAUCGUAAGAAACACUAGAUUACGAUAAUUAUUUUUAUAUUUACGGACUACCUGAUGCAGAAGGCGUACAAGUUAAAGGACACUGCUACCACACUUCACCUUUGGUGUGUUUCACCUUUUUCCAGUCAAAAGCGGGACUUAUGUUAUCCAUUUAUGUGGUAAAAUUUCAAUUCCUGCAACACAAAGCUACCAUUGCUUUUUAUGGCUCUUAAGUUCUUUUAUGACUCAUCUCUUUAUUUGUACAUCUCUGGCUAUGUAUUGCGAAUGACAAUGAGCUCAUAAAGCGAGUGUUUGCUGUUAUAUAUCUCAAUUCCAUUGAAGUGAAUAUAUAGCUGCAGAAUUGUGGCUAGAAUCCUGAAUGUUGAUUCUCCAGUCUGCAUGUAUUGUCUGUUUUUUUGUUUUUGUCCCCGUACUUGAUGCUUUCUUCCUGUACUCCUGAAUAUCAACAGUCUGAGUAUGCAUAAUUUGGGCAGGUACUCAGCAAAAUGAUGAGAAGGAGAUGCUGGAACAAGGUGCGGAGGCGCUGCAGGCUGAAGAGCCCAUAGGUAGCCCCCAUGCCGAGAGAACUGAUGAUGAUGCGAAUGCUGGAGGUCAGGCCGGUGUAUCAAGGACUGGGGAUGAUGCUGAUUGAGGUUAUGCUGUGACGUACUGGAUAGUUGACUACAGGUUGAUCGCCAAUAGGGUACUUGUGACUAUGCAUGUCCGUACUGUGGUCAUCUAAAAUUAACAUGGAGUUUAUUUUGUGUGGCUUGAUCUGACAAUGAUCGGUGCGGUUGUCAGGUAAGGUAGCAAGAGCAGUAAUAAACAUUUGAUUUCUGCACAAUGAGUAGGUUAAUUAUGACUGUCAGAGAUUGUGAUCUUGAUGUAUGCCUUCCCCAUGCGGCAUGAAUGGAACCAGUCAGGCACAAGGAAAUCAAGGGAAGGAAUCUGUUUGUGCUA